CGUGCGGAGCGCCAAACCCAAACUUUUUCACGCGCCGUGCACCGCCUCACCUUCACCUGCCCGCUUCCUUCUCGCGGAUUAACACCUGAGCAUCAACCCGCUGCUGCAGUUUCCCCGUUUUUCACCAGAUUACGAUGGAUUAACAUUUUCUCCGGAGCUAUGCUCGCAUUCACGGUUCAUCCUGGGUCGAGCCACCGAGUCCUCGCAGGGAACCGACCCGACUUGGACGUCCUCCAUUCCCGUUUCCGCAUUCCCGCAGCCGCCGUGCGCACUGCAGCCGCGGAGCUCAGAUCCAUGAUCUCAACAGAAAAAACCGGUUCCUCCGGCUAAUCUACCCAACUAUUGCUGGCGUUGCAUUAUGUUUGGAGCCGGGGGAAGAGAGGGAACCCGGAGGACUGAACGGCUGCUCACUGCGGGCUGCGAGAGGACGAUCUCAGCGGACUGAGAGACCCCGAUCCGCGUCUUAUUGAUCGGUGUAACGAUCAAACCUGGAAUAACCCCGCCGCCGCUCCUUCAUGUCCCGGGAUGGAGAGUUGCUGUCGCUCCUGUAUGCCGUGUUUAAGCCGGCUCUGGGACUGCAUUUGGCCGGACUUCCGCUACCCAAACGUCCCCAACAACAACCAUGUCAUCGCCAACCCUGGCGCGCAGGCGGCGGAGAUCCGCACCGUGUCCGGAGACAUCCGCGUCCCGUCGCCCAAGAAGCGGCCGGUGCAGCUUUACGCGGCGCUCUUCGACUUCGAGGCCCGCAGCGACGACGAGCUGACGGUGAAGGAGGGGGACAAGCUGUCGGUGAUCGAGAAGCGGGGCGAGUACGUGCUGGCCAAGAAGCUGACCGGGUCUCUGGAGUCCGGACUGAUCCCUGCAAACUACGUGGCUCUGCUGCAGGACGAGUUCGCCAAACAUAAGUGA